UUCAAAAACCCUAAAAUUCGAAACGUUUCCCCCAAAUCGUCUCUACCCAAUGGCGUCGGAAAAGCCUGAAGACCCGAUGAACAAUACGGCCGGCGGAAUCGGAACAGACGAGGAAUCUAUAGCACAGCGCCGGAAACGACUAAGGCGAGUGAGCUUCGCCGACCGUGAAAUCACUUCCGUCCACAUUUUCAAACGUGACGAAGAUUACGAGACGCCGCCGAACACCUCCGCCGCGAAGGGUGAACAAGCUGAAACGUCAGAGUCUGAGGAUAAAGUAAUUAAGUUUUUCGGCGAUUUAUCUGACCGCGAAGACACUGAAGGAGAUGGUGAAGAUGAGCCAAUCUUGAAUGAAUCCUUCUUGAGGCCAAAAUAUUCGCCAUCUUCAGGAGGUAGCACUGUUGGCUCUGCUACUAGUGAUGACGAGGAUAGUUUCUUCGGCCCUGUGUCAUCCCAUUUUAUCAAUCCUGGAAGAUUGUCUGACGCUACUAUCUCUGAAGACCACCAUGAAAUGACAAUGGACUCUACAGCAUUUUCUAUGCAUUUCCGGAGUCUUGCGAGGUCAGAGUCUGGAGAUGUGAGGACUCCUAUGAGUAAUCUUCCAGUAGAAGAAACUGAUACAGGAAGUGCAAUGGUGUUGUUGACAAAGCCUAAGAAGCUAUUCCCAAAGUCCCCUCUACCUGUUGAGAAGGGGAGUGGUGGUAGAGACUCGAAUGAUAUGAGUAUCGUUGGUGAGAAUUCUCGCAAAUAUGACUAUGGGUAUAUAUCUCCUACAUUAGCAGCUCUAUUGGCUGAUGAAAGCAUGGAAUUGCUUCCUGAAGACAAUACUGUGGAAUCAAGAUCCCCCAUCCAUGGUUUUUCCUUGUCCCCUCAGAAUGGAUGCAUUCCCGUAGUUCAAGCUAAUAAAGACUCACAUGGUAUAAAUAGUGGUGAUGCUUGUCAAAUCCUGUCACCUUCUGGUUCUGGCUCUCGCCCUCAGAUAGUGCUGCAGGAAUCAGGAAGCCAACAUUACUCAAAGGAUGUUUCCCUUUCCUCGUCAACUAUUAGAAGGCAAAGUGCGUUUUCAGUUGGUUUAUUACCCCAGUCCGUAUCUUGUGUUACUCCUUCCCCUAAACAUGGUGGAAGCUUUAUGAGCAGGGAAACUCGGGCACUAGUUGAGAGCUUGCCAACCAUCCAGAAAAGCAAAUCCAGACUUGGAUUGAUUCCACCUGGUUCUGCUCUUAUUCAGAGAAUUGAGAAAUCAAAGCUUCAAUUAUCUGGAAACCGCAUUGGCAGGGAAGUAGGUGUCCACAUGGAAAUUCAUGCAGGUAUACCCAUUACCAAUUUGGAGGAUUUGUUAUCCGAACAUGAUAAUAGAACACCAGUUUCUGAGAAGAAAGGCAUGCCAGAUAUAUGCAGUAGUGGUGCAUUGAGCCCUGUUGUCGACACUGGCGAUGAUAGUACAACACCAGUUUCAGGAAAGAAGGGCAUGCCAGAUCAAUGCGGUAGUGGUGCAUUGAGACCUGCUGUUGACACUAGGGGUGAUAAUAGAACACCCGUUUCAGACAAAAUAGACAUGCCAGAUCAAUGCAGUAGUGGUGCUUUUAGUCCUGAUGUUGACACUAGCGAUGAUAGAACUCAAGUUUCUGAAAAGAAAGGUGUACCAGAUCAAAACAGUUGUGGUGCAUUGAGCCCUGCUGCUGACAUUAGUAAUGUGUUUGCACGAAGAAGUCCAGAAGGAAAUACUAAUUCUGAGACAGAAGGUUCACUCUUCAAACAACAGCAAAGAAAUCAGACAGCCAGCACCCCUGAGAAGUUUGUGUCAUCAAAUGCAACGACGUCAGCAUCAAAGAAUUUUGUUAUUCUUCAAGAUCAAGAGCAGCACAGUAAAGCCACCGAAAAAUCUGAGAUUGGGGAUGGAAAUGUGACCAAGGAAUGUGCUAGUACUAAUUCUUUGAAUACCUUAUCCGACAAAGUUGAAUCAUUGCUUGCAGAAUCUGGCGUAUUACUUAGUGACACAGGCUUCUUGAAUGGCUCUGCUAAACGAAAAGAGAAGGACAGUAUGCUGCAUAAAAAUCAAAACAGAACCGACAUCAGUGCUGCCGAGUUCCUUCUGAAGGAUAAUAAUCAUUUGAAAGUACAUUGUGAAACAGAAGUUAUCUCAGUUGAAGAUGUUCCUUCUGUAGUUACAGAAACCCUUCCUAGUACCUCUGGCUCGUCAUCUAUGGACAGAAGCAAGAAUGAGGCUUUACAUGCUAAGGGAUCAUCCAGAUUGAAAAGGAAAGCAGAAGAUGUUGAUUGUGCAGUUAGAAAUUAUAGCCCCAAAGUCGGGAGAAGUACACAGUAUAUUUCAAGUUCAGUGAUGAACCACCGUGAUGGAAAGUUCAAUGCUCAUGAUUGCCGCAGAGUUCGUAGACAAGUAGUGAACUGGGUAGAAAUUCCAGGAAAAGUAUCAGAAGAAAUCAAACAAAUGGUUGAUCCAUUGGCUAAUAAGCUGAACCCAAGACUGAUAUGUAAGGUGGAAGAUAUAUUAACACACAUGAAGAAGGUUCAUUUGUGUGAGAUGCUUUGUCUUCAAAUUCAGUCUCAGAAAGUAUGUGACGACUUGAGUGGUGCUAAGACAAAGAGACAUGCUGAGAGUAGAUCAUUACUCUGCAAGUUAGCGUACGAAAAAGCCAAACUUGAGUUGCUGCACCUCAAGAAAGAAAUAAUGACGAAAAAGUUUCAAGCAGUGAGCGCCGGUGUACAAACAUCCGAAACAUUGAGGUUGAAUUGUGCCAACUUUCUACGUCAACAUGAUUUCCGUUCUACUGGCUUGUUAGAUCCUAACCAAGCUGAAGAGGUUAUGAUUACUAGUAAACGGGCGGAGAUAACACAGGAGAUCAAAGAAUUGGACUCAAAAAUCAAGAAGUUGAUUCAAUGUUUUACGACGUUCGACACAAUGACAGAAGAACCGGCAAAUGCAGACACUAUUAAAAUUGCUGAAGAUACUUUAAAAAAGAGAAUGAGUUGCAGAUCCAUACGUCAGGAUAUUCUGUGCAGAUAUGUAAGGUGGAAGAUAUAUUAA